AUGUUUCGACGAGCUACAGCCAGCUCGUCACGAAGAGAACGAGUCGAAAGUUCGCUCUCAAGUUGCGCGAACGCAAAAGCGGUACGAUCGUCGAGCGAUCGUGCGUUAGGGAAUCAAAAUUAUCCCUUACAAGAUCAUGGAGCUCCUAACGCCGAGAUCGGUCAUGAGCCAGGUCAUCUUGUAACUAUUCCGUUAGACGGUUCAGUCCUUGAACAUCAACUUGAUCCGACCCUCAAGCCGGAUCAGGUGUUCCCGCCACCACCACAUCCUUUAGCGGAUUCUGGCGGUGGUCAACGCUUUCUGGUGGAGCGUAUCUUGACCCACCGCGACAUGAUUGGCGUCCGGACGAGCUACCUCGUCCGCUAUCGUGGCUAUCCACUGGCGUGGGACAGCUGGGAGCCUCGUGCCCAGCUGAUUGUUAAUGAACUUGGUCUCGUCGAGCAGUACGACGAGACCCACCCGCUGCGUUUAAAUAAGGGCCGUCGGAAAAUGACCUCCCCGAGCUCGAGUACAGGGAUUGCAAAGUGUAAAUCCCUUCGGCCAUCUCGGUAA